GCGCGGCGGUCCCCGCCCGCCCCAGCUCCGGGGCCAGUUCCUCCGCGUCCCUCUCCCUUCCUCGCUGGCCACUCGCACCCUGUCUGUCCGUCUGUCUCCCCCACGUAGGGAGGACCGCCGUCCCGGGUCCGAGGAAUCCGGAAAUAUCUGGAGAAGAUGACGCAUUGGUUUCAUAGGAAUCCAUUAAAAGCCACAGCUCCUGUUUCUUUUAACUAUUAUGGCGUAGUCACUAGUCCUGCUGCUUCAAAAAUUUGCAGUGACCUGAGGUCAUCCAGGGCACAGCUGCUUGAAUUGUUCACGGAUUUGAACUGUAACCCAGAAAUGAUGAAGAAUGCGGCCGAUGCGUAUUUUUCCCUUUUACAAGGUUUCAUAAAUUCACUGGAUGAAUCUAGCCAAGAAAGUAAGUUACGAUAUAUUCAGAAUUUCAAGUGGACCGAUACAUUGCAAGGACAGGUUCCAAGUGCCCAGCAGGAUGCCGUCUUUGAAUUAAUUUCCAUGGGAUUUAAUGUGGCUUUAUGGUACACCAAAUAUGCCUCGAGGCUGGCUGGCAAAGAAAACAUUACAGAAGAGGAAGCAAAAGAGGUCCAUCGAAGCCUGAAAAUUGCAGCUGGGAUUUUUAAACAUAUAAAGGAAAGUCACAUCCCACGGCUUAUCACACCCGCCGAGAAGGGGAGAGACUUGGAAGCACGGCUCCUAGAAGCUUACAUUAUUCAGUGUCAGGCUGAGGCUCAAGAAGUGACAAUCGCUCGAGCCAUUGAGUUGAAGCAUGCUCCGGGACUGAUAGCCGCGCUGGCCUACGAAACAGCCAAUUUCUAUCAGAAAGCUGAUCAUACUUUAUCCAGUUUGGAGCCUGCGUACUCUGCUAAGUGGAGAAAAUACCUUCUCUUGAAAAUGUGCUUCUACACGGCUUAUGCUUACUGUUACCACGGUCAGACUUUGUUGGCUAGUGAUAAAUGUGGCGAGGCAAUCCGGUCUCUCCAAGAAGCAGAAAAAUCCUUUGCAAAGGCAGAAGCGUUAUGCAAAGAAUAUGGAGAAACCAAGGGGCCUGGACCAACAGUCAAGCCUUCGGAACACUUGUUCUUCAGGAAACUUGGAAACCUUGUGAAGAAUACCCUCGAGAAGUGUCAGAGAGAGAAUGGGUUUAUAAGCCCCACAGCUGGAACUCAAAGCGAAUUACGGCCUGGUGGAGCCCGUGCCUUUCGAAUUUCCUCCUACGAGUGCUCAGUGGACCCCAGACACGCUGGCUGCCUUUGACCUCACCAAACGGCCCAAGGAGGACAGUACCAAACCCAAACCGGAAGACGUGAGGCCUGUGAAAGAGCCGGACAUCAAACCCCAGAAGGACACGGGGUGCUCCGUCUCCUAAAUGCAUCGACCGCGGUGCCUGGGAGCCGCCCGGCUAGUGGACGAGAUAAGCCGAGGACUUCCGUCCACGUUUCUUGAAAUGAUUUCCCUGAAGCCUGUAGAAUAAUUGAGUGCAUUCAGAGGGAACCGGCCUUCCGUUUAGCUGUCAGAUUUUUCAUAGACGGGGGCUUCAAGCUUUGUUUCCACACUCCUUUUUCACCAGGACAACAUGGGGAAGACUGGACUCUGCCUCUGAGGAGUGUAUUUAAGGGUUGGGUUUUGUUUCUCACACACACACACACACACACACACACACACACACACACAUUCUGGGUAGUAAUAAAUUACAGGUUAGUAUAGCAGAGGCCAGAAUCACCCUUUGGGUAUGUUUUCUCUCUUUACAAAAAAACUUAUUCUCCUUCCUUUUAACUGAUCCCAACAGAAUGACAGGAGUCUGUUUUCAACAGAGUUUUCCCUUCACCAUUCUGUUCAUUGUAGCACAGACUUAGGUUCUGAGUUUAGUUACCUUUUCCGCUGGG